GACGGCGGCAAUUUUCCAAUUGGAGAGCUUAGUAGUCUGUUUCAACUCUCUCGCCAUUCUUGUGAGAGUGAGUGUGCGGUGACUAGUUAAUAAAUCAAAUAAAUCAUUAACAAAACAAACGCUUUUUUUUGUUAUUAACGCAACGGUUAAUACUGUUAAUACUUUUCACAAAUUUAUAAUUACUGCUGGAAAGAAUCCAGAAUACCCACUCAACACACAAAGCCACCCAAAGAGUAACAAAACCAAAUUCCAAUGGCCAAAGUAAGGAUACCAAAACAAAAGGUAAUUCUGUGCGGUGAAUAUGGAGUUGGAAAAAGUUCUUUGUUUCGUCGUUUCACAAACAAUACCUUCAUUACUAAUACGGAUCGCAAGUCAACAUUGGGUUUGGAUCACAUCGAAAAGGACUAUCGGGUAGAUGAUAAACAGAUAAAGCUACAAUUGUGGGAUACCGGUGGCAUGGAACGUGUGGCCUCAGUCACCUCAUCCUAUUACAAAUUCGCCGAAGGUGCUAUACUUGUGUUCGCUCUGGACAAUGCUGCAUCCUUUCACUCGUUGUCACAACAUCUGCUGGAUAUUGUUACCUAUGCGGAAAAUGCAAAAAUAUUUAUUUGUGGUAACAAAUCCGAUUUGGAGGGCAGAGAGCCCGAAGUCAGUGAUGCCGAUGUUGAGGCUUUCUGCGAACAAUGUCACAGUCUUAUAAGUGCCACAUAUAAAACUUCGUGUAAAACCAGUGAGGGGAUUGAGGAAAUGUUCCAAGAUAUAUCGCGGAUUCUCGUCGAAUCGAAUCGUUCAAAAAUGGACCUGCAAGCCAGUAUGGAACAGCAUGGUUUUCAAAUAGUUGCCGGACAAGUGGAACUUGUCAAUGCUGCCGAUGAAACGGAUGAAACAUCGAAUUGUGUUUGCUAGCAAAUGGCCGAUUUGGAGUUUGGUUAGGUGGCUGGUAGGCAAUAAGGUGAGGUGGAUGGACCCGAAUGAUUGCCUGGGGUCAGCCAUGGUAGUGGUCAGUUGAAUUACAAUCGUAUUCGAAUAACUGUAACAACAACGAAGGAAAUGCCUAUCAAGAUGUGGAAAGGUUUUUGUUUCUCAUUUUUAUUUUGUUACAUGGAAUGUAUGGGGUUAUUCGUAUGCCUUUAUUUAUUAUACACCCUUUGUCUCAAAAAAAUUUUAUUUUAAUUUUUAUGCCUCAUAAGGAUUUUAUGGUGGAGUUUGAUUAAUGAAAAGAUUUGUUAUAUUACUCAUCACUUCCUUUUUUUAUUUCUUUAUCUAUUUAUGAAAAUGUAUUGGAAUAUGUAACGAAACGUCCAAUUUUUAAAGUGAUAACCAUGUCUCGUUAAAUAACUUGUAGAUAUAAGGACAGCUUGCUUUUCACACGCGAUUUAAAUGUUUGUAGAAAUUAAUUGUCAUACAGCAGUAUUUUUAUUUAUAAUUUUUGGCGAUAAGAACAAGAGCAUGUUUGAACAAAUAA